AUGAAUUGUAAUGGCGGCGAAAACGAAGGGCUUGAACUUUUUCACGGUUUUUUGGUUACAUCUUCUGCUUGCACCUUCGUUAUUAUUUUGCAAUGCAGUAAAGUUAGUGUGGGAUGAAAAUGGAUACAUACUGUAUUGUCCUUGCAUGGGUCGAUUUGGGAACCAGGCAGAUCACUUCUUGGGAUCAUUAGCCUUUGCAAAAAUGCUGAAUAGAACACUUGCAGUUCCGCCCUGGAUCGUUUACCGACAUCACGCGCCCCCCUAUACAAAUAUGCAUGUUCCCUACAGGGAGUUUUUUCAGUUGGAGGCUUUGGCUCAAUACCACCGGGUAGUGAGUCUGGAAGACUUCAUGGAACAACUAGCCCCCACUCACUGGCCUCAGGGAGUGAGGGUGGCCUACUGCUUUGAGACAGCUGCCCAUCGCAGUGCUGACAAGAAGACCUGUCCCAUGAAGGACGGAAAUCCUUUUGGUCCAUUUUGGGACCACUUGGGUGUGGAGUUUGACAGCUCUGUGCUCUUUGGAAGCAUAUCGUUCAGUGCCUACUAUCAGCCACACUGGAUAAAGAAGUUCCCCCCCUCUGAGCACCCUGUCCUGGCUCUCCCAGGGGCUCCGGCCCAGUUUCCUGUGCUGGAGGAGCAUGUUGGCCUGCAGCAGUACGUGGUGUGGGCAGAAGGGAUAGUGGAGCAAGGGGAGCAGUACAUCCAGGCUCUGUUGAUUAGGCCCUAUGUGGGCAUUCACCUGAGGAUCGGUUCUGACUGGCAAAACGCAUGUAAGCUGUUGCAGAACGGGGAGACGGGGCCUCACUUCAUGGCAUCUCCACAGUGCGUGGGUUACAACCGUCAAAACGCCCUGCCCCUCACAAUGACAAUGUGCCUACCGGACCUGGCGGAGAUCCGUCGAGCAGUGAAACUCUGGGUCAAGAAGACCAGUGCCCGCUCUGUCUACAUUGCUACUGAUUCUCAGUCCCACAGUGGUGAAAUCCAGAAGCUCUUUAAUGGCAAUGUGAAAGUAGUUAGCCUACAGCCAGAUACCGCACAAGUUGACCUGUACAUUCUGGGCCAGUCAAACCAUUUCAUCGGGAACUGUGCUUCCUCCUUUUCUGCUUUCGUCAAGAGAGAACGCGAUGUCAAUGGGCGACCCUCAUCGUUCUUUGGCAUGGACUACCCUGGGAAGAGGAAGGAUGAACUUUAAAGAUCUCGUUAUGGAGGUCUGAGCUGUGGAAUUGAGGAAACUGGUCAGUUUGUUUACAGACUAGUACCUGUAGACUGGAUAGGAGAAUAGCACUUGUAGAGGGGUAGGUUUACAAAGCACAUAUUCCAAGUUCAUCUGGGAUGUUUUAUUAUUAUUAUGAAACUUAGCUCAAAACUAGUAUGCAGAAGCAUUUUACGAUGUAAGCACCAAGUAUAUAUAUGCAGCCUGUAUGCUUACACAUCAAGAGGUUUCUAAUUUCCACAAUACAGUUGUGGCUAUAUAUGUUGCAAUUUGCAUACCGGUCAAGGUGAAGGGAGCUCAGGUCUCUUCAUUAAGUCAUACUGCCUGUGUAUAAUGUUGCCUGCUCAUGUGCUGUGAGGCCCACCCUUCCUGUGUAUGAUAUACAGUAAAGGGAACAUGGGAGGGGUGGGGUCAUAGGGGGAGCAGGAUCCUUCUUUUUUUUCCAGGAGCUGGAAACUGACACACGUUCAUGCACAGUAACCGAUCCUGGCAGAUACUAAUUAUAGGGGUGGUCCUGUCAGUCUUGCUUCUCCCUGCUACUGACUGGCUAAUGGUCUUUUGUAAAGAAUUACUUAACUGGUUAGUCGCUGCUGCUCUUCAGCAGGAUGAGCAUUUAUCAAGCCCUUUGCCAUACCUGCAGGCCAAACAUCAAAUGGCAUAAAAGCUUAAAACUAAAGUGACUAAACUGAGUGGCCAUUAUUGCUUACCAAUGCACAACUGCAACACUUUAUGCUGAUCAUUUCUUAAAUUCUUUUUCUGGAUUAUGUGGGGGGAAAGUAAGUUUUUCUUUAUGAAAAGAUUAUGAUUUCAACCUGGAAAAGGGUGGAGAUCCUGACACCCCCUACUCCCAUGAAAAAACUUUUCUUAUUUUUGGUGACUGCUUGCAUAAUGCAUAUCCAGAAAAUAAGACUCAAGACCAAGCAAUAUAACUGAAAUCCAGCUGCACUUGAGUCUGCUCUAGUUUUAAUUUAAACUUUUUCUUUAUUUCCAAUGAAACUCUUGGGUUUAACAGGAAAAACAUGCUUCUCACCAUUUCACAUCAUUGUUGGUAGGAUAUAAAGCUUGCGGCCACUGUAAACAUACUCCACUACUUUUAGCUUCUGAGCCACUAUUGCCCUCUGAUUUGCACCGUUGACAUUGUGCAACAUUUUGCUGGUCUGACUCGCCUCUAGUGUAUGGGGCUACAAACGUGCUUUGCUCAGGUUACAACAGUAUUGUGAUAUGAAUUUGUAACAACAUGAUCAGCUCACCGGGCUUGAAAUAAGACAUGUUGGAUUUAAAUAUUGAAUGACAUGUCAAUGGAGGUGGUUUGUUAAUAAACCAGAAAAAAGGGGCUUGUAAAAGCUUGUUUGCCUUCUUUCUCUCAUUGCCCUUUGCUUUGUUCUGUGUAUUUGUGCAAAAUCCUACAGUUCAGUGGUGCAAUUUACUGAGUGGUCUCAAAAGGUCUAUCUGCUUGGUAUGUUGAGGCAUAACCGAAGUUUAACCAGCUGCAGAUAAUGUAUGUGAUUAUUUUCAGUUGGUCGAAUAACAUGUUUAAUAAGUCGUCAGAACAAUCUUAAGUACCCUCCCCCUUGAUACAUGUGUGCAUUGUUUCAGACUGUUUUGAAGUGUGCUGAUUGGAAUCUUUGGGUGAUUUCUAGUAAAUGGUAAAACAGUAUUAAUUAAUUGUGCGGUUUACAUGUCAUUCCUUUCUAUUGCCUAUUCCAAAUGCAACUAUUUCUAUACGGUGCAUUUUUGACAUUGUUAUUGAGUAUUUCAUGAAAUUAAAAUGUGUGGGUUACUGAAUAUCAGGGGUGCACGACCAGGGCUGAUACGUUUCAGGAUUUUGUGCCAACUUCUUUUAAUUAGCUCAAUUAUAUCUUGACCUAACUUUGGAAUAAUCACCAACUACAACCACAGGCUGCAAGUGUAUCUUAGAUAUUUGACUGUGCUCUAGUACUGGAGUGUAUCAGUGUAGUUCAUAGAGCUGUCAGAAAAAUGUAACUAAGGUAACAGAUUGGAACAAAAGCAACACAGACUAACUCUCCAGGACUGGUGUUGUGCACCCCUGCUGUAUACUACCUUUGUGAACCUAUUUUGCAUAAUCAGAACCAAAUUAUUUUGAAUACUGGGAGAAAAAAAAUUAAAAAAAUUCGCAAAUU